UCUCCCCACUCUCCUCUCGCAUCUCUUCUUCUUCUUUUCUUCUCCAGAUCGCGAGGCGGGCGGAAUCGCGGAAGCAGGGGGAUCCCGCAGCCGAAUCGGGCCGGAUCUCGCCGGCGAUGAUGCCGUCGGCGUCGGACGCCGCGGCGGCGGCGGCGGCGCUGGAGCUGCAGGAGUCCGGGUGGGAGGAGCUGCGGCGGGAGGCACGGAAGCUGGAGGGUGACCUCGACGUCAAGCUCUCCUCCUACGCGCGCCUCGCCGCGCGCUCCUCCUCCGCCGCCGACGCCGCCUCCGCCUCCUCCCCGAGCGAGCGCUCCUCCUGGAAGUCCAUGGAGUUCGAGAUCCAGUCGCUGCUCGACAAGCUGCAGGACGUCAACGACGCCAUGAGCCGCUGCGCCGCCUCCACCGCCCCCACCACCUCCGUCUCGCAGAAGCUCGCCCGCCACCGCGACAUCCUCCACGAGUUCGCGCAGGAGUUCAGGAGGACGAGGGGGAAUCUGAGCUCCAUCAGGGAGCACGCCGAUCUCCUCAGCUCUGUGCGGGACGACAUUACUGAGUCCAAGGCUACUGGCGGCAUGUCGCCGAGGGUGCAUUUGCUCAGGGAGAGGGCCUCGAUUCAUGGCAGCAUUAACCAGAUUGAUGAGGUAAUUGGCCAAGCUCAGAGCACAAGGGUAGCCCUUUCCAAUCAGAGGGCAUUGUUUGGGGAUGUUCAAGGAAAAGUCAAGCAGUUGGGUGAAAAGUUCCCUGUUAUUAGAGGACUACUUGGUGCCAUCAAGAGGAAGAAAUCAAAGGACACUAUCAUCCUUUCAGCAGUGAUCGCGGCCUGCACCAUCUUUUUGAUUAUUUACUGGCUUUCGAAAUGAUGGUUGUCUCCAGAAAAUCUCACCGUGAAGGCUUCCCCUCUGCGCAGAAUCGCUGAUACCAGAUGACACGAUAAGACUUGGUAGUAUGUUUCAUUUGUUAGGCUAAGAGGAGGAAUGAGAGAUCGGAUUCUUCAGCUUUUAUCAAUUUGCCUUUGAUAUAUACUCCUACCUUGUAUUUGGAGAUUAACCUGUCCUACAUGUACAGUACAGAGCAAUUUUGCUUUCCAAAGUAACUUGUCUGGCUGGCUGAGUAAAUAUGAUACAAUCAA